GGGUGAAUUCAUUUUAGCCAUACAGUUAUCUGAAUGACAGAAGGGACACGCAUGGUGACCCUACAAGUGGAGUUGAAAUGUUUCAUCAUCGUACAAGACCAAGCUUCUUACAAGUGAAUCUUGUGCGUCUAUGGGUUUGAGCAGUUCUUUCAGUGACUGCUGGUCAAAGUGACGGGAGAUGCUACGUCUCCUGUCCCAGAGGGCCGUGAGGCAGAUCGGCACAUUGCACCAUGUGCUCCAGGGCCCUGGUGUAAAAUGCCUGCCCGCGGCAGUCCGGUGCACUGGGGAGACAGCUCCCCACUCUCGCUGGGUGAGUACCUCGGUGGCAGUGAGGGCUUUCACACCGCACAAGUCGAAGGCUGAGGAGGAACCUCAACCCGUCCCACCCCAGAACCAGGCCAGCACAGGCCCACAGCACACAGCAGAGCCGGCACAGGCCCACGCAGCGCCGCCAGAGGACUCUGCGGAGGUGGAUCCCCUCCAGGACAAGUCCAUUGGCCUUGUCCAGAGGUUCAAGAAGACUUUCAAACAGUAUGGAAAAGUGAUGAUCCCAGUGCAUUUUCUGACUUCUUCCAUGUGGUUUGGAGCAUUCUAUUACAGUGCCAUGAAGGGUGUGAAUGUGGUUCCAUUUCUGGAGUUUAUUGGUUUGCCUGAAACAGUUGUUGGCAUGCUGAGGGACUCUCAGAGUGGCUAUGCGCUGACUGCCUAUGCCAUGUAUAAGAUUGCCACCCCAGCCAGGUACACCGUGACAUUGGGCGGAACAUCGCUCACGGUGAAAUACCUCCGUAAGCACGGUUACUUCUCUACUCCGCCCCCGGUCAAAGAGUACUUCCAGGACAAAAUGGAGGAGACCAGAGAACGCUUUUCAGAGAGGAUGGAAGAAACUAAGGGGAGGUUCUCUGAGAGGAUGGAGGAGACCAAAGAACGCUUUUCAGAGAGGAUGGAGGAAACCAAGGACAAGCUGUCAGAGAAACUGCAGGAAACCAAAGACAAAGUGUCUUUCCGAAAAAAAUCAGACUAACUUCAGUUGUAGUUGGAAGAGCAGACUCUCCAUAUCUGUUAAUCAGCAUUCUCAGUUUAAUUGUGUAAUAUGCAUGUGAUUCCUGUUUUAAUCCCAGCAAAUAUCCUCCUUAUGUGCUGGCUGGCACAACGAUCCUGUGCACAAAUAAUUAUCUUAAGGUGACUGCAGGGAAAUGAGCUUACAUAUUUCUUGAACAAUUCCGACUGGUAAUGCAAAAAACCCAGUCCCGGAGAUGAUGUAUUGAAUGUCAAAUUUCAGUGUCCUCUCUCUGGCAUCGGUAUUGCUUCACCAUUUUGGGAUUUUGCUGACAGUUUCACAACUGAAAAAAGCUGAAAGAUUACUGGGUAUGCUGUAUGAAUGCUUGUUUUCCAUGUGUACUUACCCUCACAACUGUAAUUGACAGCUUCAAAGGGAGUAAUUGUCAUCUAAAACAUCUAUCUAGAAAAUAAAAGGUAGUUCACUACCAACUUUAAAAUGAAUCUUUGCUAAGACAACUGAAGCCUAUUCUAAGGCCUGAAUUUACAUACAGUCCCCUCCAAAGGUAUUUGAACAGCAAGGCUAAUUCCUUUGUUUUUGCAAUACACUGAAUACAUUAGGGGUUGCGAUAAAUAUAUGAACAGGGACAAGGCUUCUGCAUUUUUUUAUUUCCUGAUAUUUAGAUGUGUCAAAUUACUUGGAGCAUAGCACCUUUCAUAUCAGACCACCCAAAUCUUUAGGUGAGCAAAAGUAUUGGAACAGCGAGUAAGUAAAUGAAAGUAAAUAACACUUAAUAUUUGGUAGCAUAUCUGUGGCUUGAAAUAACUGCAUCAAGCCUGCCACCCAUUGACAUCACCAAACUGUUGGAUUCUUCUUUUGUGAUGCUUUUCCAGGCUUUUACUGCAGCCUCUUUCAGUUUCUGGGUUUUUUUCCCUUUAAUCUCCUCUUCAGGAGGUGAAAUGCAUGCUCAAUUGGGUCUAGUGAUUUGACUUGGCCAGUCUAAAACCUUCCACUUUUUUGUUGUGUUGGCAGUGUGUUUUGAGUCAUUGCCUUGCUGCAUGAUGAAGUUCCACCCAAUUGAAUUGGAUUUUUGCAUUUCUCCGUAAACUGGCGGACAGAAUGUUUUUGUAGAUCUCUGAAUUCAUCCUGCUGCUACCAUCAUAAGUUACAUCAUGACACUUCCUCCGCUGUGUUUCACAGAUGAGCCUUUUCAUCGCUUUGGUAGAGGUUAAUCUAGGUCUCAUCAGUCAGUUUGCAAAUUGGAAUCUUGCCUAAUUACUCUUACUACUGAGGAGUGGUUUACAUCUUGUGGUAUAGCCUCUAUAUUGCUGCUCUCUAGGCCUUCUUCAAACAGUUAAUGGUUGGCAUUUAUAUAGCGCCUUUAUCCAAAGCUCUGUACAAUUGAUGCUUCUCAUUUGAUUGAGAUACCUUCACCCCUGCCCUCUGGAGAUGUUUGUGAUGUCACUGACUGAUGUUUUCAGGUUUUUCUACACAGCUCUCAACAUUCACAAUGUUUCUGUCAUUUUCCUUGGUCGACCUGUUCAAUGUAAAUGGUAAUGGUAAAUGGUUGGCAUUUAUAUAGCGCUGUACAAUUGAUGCUUCUCAUUCACUCAUUCAUACACACACUCACACACCGAUGGCGAUUGGUUGCCAUGCAAGGCGCCGACCAGCUCUUCAGGAGCAUUUGGGGGUUAGGUGUCUUGCUCAGGGACACUUCGACACAGCCCGGGCGGGGGAUCUAACCGGCAACCCUCCGACUGCCAGACAACUGCUCUUACUGCCUGAGCCAUGUCGCCCCUCUAAUGUCUCUAAUGUCUUUCUUUUUCAGGACAUUCCAAGUUGUUGUACAAGCUAUUCCCAAUGCUUGUGCAAUGGAUUUCCCCUUUUUUCUAAGCUUCAAAAUGGUGUGCUUUUCACCCAAAGACAGUUCUGGUCCUCAUGUUGGUUUAUCUUUUCUAACACAAAUGCAGUCUUCACAGGCAAAACACAAGGCUAAAACCAACAGUAGACAUUCAGUACUAUUUAUUGUUUAACCAAUCAAUCUAACAGGACACAUCUGGGCAACAAGAGAACUGUCAGUCACAUGUUCCAAUACUUUUGCUGACGUAAUAAAUUGGUGGUCUGACACAAAAGGUGAUAUGUUCUAAGUUGUUUAACAAAUCUUGACGAAAAUACCAGGAAAUAAAAUCUGAAGUUCGGAUCUCUCGUACACCUUUUGGCCUCAAAUUCAAUGUCUUCAGUGUAUAGCUGAAACAAAGUAAUUAACCUUGCUGUUCUAAUACUUUUGGAGGGGAUUGUAUUUGUCCACUUUAAAACAGAUUUGCCUUUUCCCAGAUUUAUUCUGGAUUGUUCUGUAGAAUAGAAUGUUAUUGAAAGUGAUUAUAUUUUGCUUUACUUCAGAGCUAUGGAAUGCCCACUUCAUUAUAUAAUCUAAACAAAGUAUCAAAUGAUGGCUGUGCUUGAUCUGUGGAAAUUCAAGUAAUUGCACUAUACUGAACAGAUCUGAACUGUUUUUUAAUACUCCAAGAAUUUGUUAAAGGGGAAUUCCACACAAAAAUUAAAAAACAGAAAAUGCAUAAGAAUAGCUUAAGAAUAGUUGGUCCAAUUUAAUGUGACACAUCCAGCUGUGUAUUGCAGAAACUAGGAUGAUGAUCAUGACAAUUUCUAUGGGCUGAUCAUUUGAGGUGGGAUUAUGCUUUAAAUAUGGAUAUUUAACAGAAAGCUCAUUUAGGGUGCUGAUUAAAAGCUUGUGGCAAGGUAUUUGGUUGAACUAACUAAAGAAAUGUCUUGUUCAUUCCGGAUUGUCUAUUGCCAGUGAGAGUAAUUGUUUUUGUAACAGUGUGACACGCUUCUUUAUUGUUCACUGGCGGCCAAUACAUGUAAAUGUCACUCUUUGUUGAUAUACAUUUAAGAAACUAAAGCAUAUCUACUCAUUGACUGAUUUGGAAUAGUGUACUGUAAGACCUGUUAAAUUAAAUGUAGCCUGAUGCGCAGUUUAAUGCUAAUUAACCUCAUUUUAAUAUUUCAUAAUAUACAUUUCUGGCAUUGUACAGUGCACUUGGGCAGGACAAUAUGGAUACAAGAUCCUUAAUGGUUCAAUUAACGUAGGUUUGAAAUGAUACCGAUAUUGAUGCCUAUUCAGACAUGGGUUUCAAUCAUUGAUUAUUGCUCAGUGUCAGUCAUAUCAGAUCUAGUAGAUUGUAGCUACAGUCUACCAGUGGCAGUAAUUUAAGGAACGGCUUUAAAUACACAGGGUUCCUCAUGAAAAUACGGUAACAUUUUGCUGAGGAGCCUGAGGUGACUGAAGGGUGGUUUUGAGCAACUAUACCCUGUCAAAGACCCUCUGGGUUGGCUGUAUUAAGGAGAUCCCGUAGAAAGGCCUUUUUUAAGUGUUUCACAUUUCAUUUGGGAACACAGCACUAGCUUUGUCUCAGGUUUUGUAUCCAUCCCAUUUCUCCCAGCGGCUGUGGUUUAAAAAGUUUAAGAACUUUUAAUACAGCUACAAGUGUUAUUGGGAUUCUACCCAAGGAAUAAAAAGUACAAGAAA